AUGACUCCUUUGUUGUAUGUUCUUGCCAUGUUACCCCUACUCUUAUUUCUCAUCAAAUUACUCUACUUUAAUCCCCCUACCACCAAACCUUCACCACCAAAACUACCAUUAAUCGGCAACCUCCACCAGCUCGGCCCACUGUUACACCACUCCCUCCACUCCUUAUCCCAAAAACACGGUGGCCCACUCAUGCUCAUCCACCUGGGAUCAGUCCCAACUCUAGUGGUCUCAUCAGCCGAUGCAGCCCGUGAGAUAAUGAAAACACACGAUAUCAUAUUCUCGGAUCGACCCGCUAUUAAAUUGUUUCGGCAACUCCUUUGCGACUUGAAAGACGUAUCAGUUGCGCCUUAUGGUGACUACUGGAGGCAAACCAAGAGUAUUAUGAUUGUCCAUUUAUUGAGUAACAAGAAGAUAGAAGCCAAUAGGAAUAUUAGGGAAGAAGAGAUAGUGGUUAUAGUUGAAAAAAUAAGGGAAUUAGCUUGUGAUAUGGAGGUGGUGGAUUUGAGUGAUUUGUUUGUGACGUUUACGAAUGAUGUGGUGUGUAGGGUGACGUUUGGAAAGAAGUAUGGUGAAGGGGAGGAGAGUAAGAAGAAAUUUAGGAAGAUGUUGAAAGAGUUUUUUGAGGUGUUGGGUGGUCUUAGUUUGGAGGAUUGUGUUCCUCAGCUUGCAUGGGUGGAUAGGUUGAGAGGGUUUAAUGCAAAAGUUGAUAGGGUUGCUAGAGAGAUCCAUGAGUUUGUGGAUGGUGUGGUGGAGGAGCGGUUGCAGAAGGGAUCGACCGCGGGUGGUGGUGAUGGUGUAGAAGACUUUGUUGAUGUAUUGCUUAAGAUUCAAAAAGAUGAUAGGAUAGGAGUGAGUCUCGACAGGAUGGCCAUCAAAGCAAUCUUGUUGGAUGCUUAUACUGCUGGAACAGACACGACGGCAACGGUACUAGAAUGGGCAUUUACAGAACUUUUAAAACAUCCUAUGGUUCUAAAGAAAGUACAAGAUGAGGUGAGGACGAUUCUUAAAGGUAAGGAGUGGAUAAACCAAGAUGACAUAGAUAACAUGAAGUACUUAAAAGCUGUGUUGAAAGAAACUCUCCGUCUUCAUCCACCAAUUCCAACCCUCGUUCCUCGAGUAGCGAGACAAGAUGUCAAAGUCAUGGGUUAUGAUGUUGCAAAAGGAACUAGGGUUAUCACCAACGCAUGGGCCAUUGCAAGAGAUCCAAAAGUGUGGGAUAAUCCUAAUGAAUUUCAUCCUGAGAGGUUUUUGGAUUGUACUAUUGAUUUCAGAGGUCAUGAUUUUAACUUGAUUCCAUUUGGUUCUGGAAGGAGGGGAUGUCCCGGUAUUUCUUUUGCAAUGACAACAAAUGAGAAUGUGUUGGCUAAUCUUUUGCACAAAUUUGAUUGGGAGUUGCCAAAUGGAGAGAAUGAAGAUGAUUUAGAUAUGAAUGAACAACCUGGCAUUAUCACUCGUAAAAAAAUUCCUCUUUUAGUUGUUGCCACACCAUUUUCUUUGUAA